AUGGAACCAAACAACCAAACAAGUGCAUCCAAUUUUAUCCUCCUGGGACUUUCAGAAAAGCCAGAACAGGAAACUCUCCUCUUUUCUCUGUUUCUCUGCAUGUAUGUGGUCACAGUAGUGGGGAACCUGUUGAUCAUACUGGCCAUCAGCUCAGACUCCCACCUGCACACUCCCAUGUACUUCUUCUUAGCCAAUCUCUCCAUGGUUGAUUUCUGCCUGGCCACCAACACUGUCCCCAAGAUGCUAGUGAACAUACAGAUCAGGAACAAAUCCAUCUCAUAUCCUUGCUGCCUGACCCAAAUGUACUUUCUCCAUUUCUUUGGCAUCAUGGACAGUAUCUUAAUAGCCGUGAUGGCUUAUGACAGGUUUGUAGCUAUAUGUCACCCCUUAUACUAUACCACCAUCAUGAGCCCACGUCUCUGUGGCCCACUGGCUGGUGGCCCAUGGGUGUUUUCCUGCUUCAUCUCCCUCACCCACAUUCUCCUGAUGGCCCAUCUGGUUUUCUGUGGCAACAAUAGGUUGCCUCACUACUUCUGUGACCUCACUCCCCUCCUGAGACUUUCAUGCACUGACACCUCUGUGAACAAGAUCUUUGUGUUCACUGUGGCAGGAAUAGUGAUAACCACACAUUUCAUCUGCAUCCUGGCCUCCUAUGUUCACAUAAUUGUGGCCAUCUUGAAGUUGCCCUCUGCAGGCAGCAGGAAGAAAGGCUUUUCCACCUGCAGCUCCCACCUCUCUGUGGUUGUACUCUUCUAUGGGACCACAAUUGGGGUCUACACAUCUGUCCACACAGCCGUGAAGGAGAAAGCAUCUGCUGUAAUGUACACUGCGGUCACGCCCAUGCUGAACCCAUUUAUUUACAGCCUGAGGAACAGAGACCUGAAGGGGGCCCUGCUGAAGCUCAUCAACAGAAAAAUCACCUCAUCUUCCUGA